AUGGAUUAUUAUCUACGAAGUUCUGAUCAUGACAUUCAACAAGAACAUAUAAAUAAUGGUAUAAUUCUUUCUUGUUCACCAACAAUAUUUAUUGAUACAUCAUUACAUCAUCGUCCUCUAUCCACUGAACAACUAAAACUUUUAAAUCGUGGACCUACAUAUGUGCCACCAUGUCAAUCCUAUGUUUCAUUGCCGUCAUCCGAAUCAUCUAAAUUUUUGAUUGAUAGAACAAAAAAUCAAUAUAAAGUAUUGCAACAUGAAUUAAAUAUUCUAUUUCCAAAAUAUAACAUAGACAAAAUUAAAUCUGCAAAUCUCAAUAAACAAAUUAAAGAUCUGUACGUUAACAUAUUUUCUACUUCAUUAACAUCGACAAAUCAUCAACGUGCUAAAUAUGAAAAUGAAUUAGUACAAUCAAUUCGAAUCUAUCUGAAAGAAAACGAUCUAAUUUUACGACGAACAACUGAUCAAAGAAAUAAUUUCUAUCUUGGCAAUAGAAAAGAUUUUGAAGAUAAAGCAAAUGAAUAUAUAAUGAAAACAGAUGAUUUUGAAUAUUGUCAAGAUGUCAAUGAAGCCAAUCUUCGACCAACAUAUAAAUAUUUAAAUGAUAUUGUAGGAUCAAUAAACUCAAACAUAGAAAGAAUGUUCAAUAAGAAAAACGAUAAAGACAACGAAUUCAAGAAAUUACAGAUCGAUUUUGAUCAAAUUCAAUUAUCAUAUUUAUAUUUUUUACCUGAUGUCUCUAAAAAAAAUGAUAUAUCAUUAAAAGCAAUCAUAGCAGUAUCAUCCAAAUCUAGUAUAACAUCACGAUUGUCUCAAUUUUUAGAUGAAUUACUUCGACCUACUAUUCAACGUGCUAUAGAACCAACUACAUUUAUCAAUGGUACUGAUUUUCUUCAAAAACUAAAUGUAUACGUGAAUAAUAAGAAAAAUGAUUUUAAUUCAAAAACAAUGUUGGUAACAAUUACUAUUAAAAAUUAUCAUACUAUGCUAUUUCAUAAACAGAUGCUUGAAGUUGUCAAAAAUUUUCUAUUUGAUAAACUAGAUCAAUCACCAGUAGCAAGAAAUAUUUCUCAAAUGAAAUUCUACGAUUUAACAGAAUUAUUUUUAAAAAAUAAUUAUUUUUAUUAUAAUAAUAAAAUAUAUCGUUGUACAAGAGGUAGUCCAAAAGGUUUGCUACUGAGCGAAACAUUAUGUCAUAUCUAUGCAUUCUAUUGGCAAAAGGUAUUAUUAGACAAACUCUCAUUACAAACACACUUUUAUGGCAGAUGUCAAAAUCAAAUCUUUUUUACAUGGAAUCGAUCAAAAAAUGAACUUCAUGAACUUCUUCAAACUUUUGGUAGUGAACAUGCACAUCUAGAUUUUGAUAUAAAAGUAGAUUCAACUGUUCCAUUCUUAGACGUACAUGUUUCAAAUUAUCAUGGUACAUUGUUUACACGUGUUUAUCAUGGUUCAAAUAGUCAAAAAUAUACUCUACCAUAUGUCGUUGGUAAUUCUAAAAGAGCUCAUAGUCAUUGGCUACGAUCGGCACUUAUACGUGCAGUUCGUUAUUGUACAUCUGUCUAUGAUUUUAAUCAAGAACGAUUUUAUUUACAAACAACUUGUUUAGUUAAUGGUUAUUCAUUAGAAUUUGUUGAUGAUCGUAUUCAUCAUUUUUUUAAAUAUUUUGAUGCUACAUCACUUCUUUCAGUUUCGAAUCAAGAUGAAUAUGAUAAACUUCGUCGUCGUCUAAUGAAUUAUAUAGGUGAACAAAAAGAAUAUCAUUUGAAAAAUAAAGAAUUAGAGAAGAAUAACCAAUUGAUUCGAUUGAAUUAUUUAUAUGAAUUUGGUCCGAAGCACGAAUUUAAUAGACAAUUACAAGAAAUCUUAUCAAACAAUUUGGUCGACAAAAAGAUUCCUUUUACGAAACAACAAUUAACGAUUAAUCUUACAACUAUCCAUCAAUAUUCAUUAAACGGUUUAUUAAGUCAACAAAAACCAUCUCAUCCAUUAUUCAAUAAAGAGAAAAUACAUUUUUAA